AUGUCAAGCUCCUCUGACAGUCUGCAGUUCACUUUGUCCACCCAUGGAGACUCCAUCCUUUGCAAAAUGAAUGUUCUGAGAGAAGAGCAUCGCUUCUGUGAUAUCCAGCUCAUCCUCGGGAGUACAAAUGACUCUACUACCCAGCUUCUGCGCUUCCACGGUCACAGAGUGGUGCUUGCAGCAUCCUCAGACUUUCUGCGCGAUCAGUUCCUGCUCCAUGAAGACCAGGCAGAACUGAGUGUGCGUGUAGUUUCCAGUGCAAGAGUUGCAAAGACAUUGCUGCUGUCCUGCUACACCGGUGUCCUAGAGGUGCCUUUGAGAGAGCUGGUGAGCUACCUGACUGCAGCCAGUGCACUUCAGAUGAGCCAGGUGGUGGAGAAAUGUACCCAGGCCCUCUCCCAGUAUCUGAACCCUGAUCCUUGCUUAAAAUUACAGAGAUGCUCGAAGGAGAAGGAAAAACAACAGCUAGACAGAAACUGGCGAAGUUCCAGCUCUGGAAAUCAGAGGGGAAUGGAUGCAGUCCAGCUCAGCACUAGCAUCCUGGAAUCAAAUACUAAAAAAGAGAGAGCAGUCCUGAGUCAGCCUAAGUUGAAUGUCAGCCAAGAAGCUGAGGUGGAUGGUCAAGGACUGAGAGAGAUAAAAUUGAUGGAAAUCUCCCAGAAACAACAUGAGCAAAGAGGAGGUCAAGCAGAAGAAGAAAACGUGUUGACAGUGGCUGCUCAGCUGCAAGAUGGAGAGUUGAUGGAGUCCAAACUAUGUGGCCAAUCGGGGACACAUUUAGUAAAGAUUAACUUAACUGCAGAGGAUUCAGACAGCAUAGUGGUCCAGAGGCCAUACCUGUGCAGGAGGUGUGACAAAAUCUUCCAACACCUGCAGAGCUACGUGGGCCACCUGAAGGAGCACAGACAGUUUCCAUGUUUGGUGUGUGGGGAGAGCUUUUCUCAGAAGAGCAAACUAACUCGUCACAUACAUGUCCACACUGGUGUCAAGCCUUUCCGGUGUCCACUAUGCCACAAGACGUUCACCCAGAAGGCCUUGCUGCAAGAACAUCUUCACCUGCACACAGGAAACUGGUCCCAUAUGUGUGCCCUGCAGCUUACCCACAAGCCAGGCCUCAGACGCCAGCUGAGUGAGAGCAGGACUCUACCAAAGGUGCUCGAGGAGGGCAGUGAAGCAGAGUUAGCAUGA